AUGAACAGUACGAGGCAGCCGAAAACUACGCCUAUUACAGACGAUUACGAUAUAUCGAAUACCGUACUCGGUCUAGGCAUCAAUGGAAAGGUGGUAGAAUGCAGAGAAAAGCGCACAGGCGCAAAGCGCGCGCUGAAGGUUCUCCACGACAACGUGAAGGCAAGGAGAGAGGUGGAGUUACACUGGCGGGCCAGCGGGUGCAUACACAUCGUUGAGAUAAUCGACGUAUACGAUAACACAUACAGCGGCAAGCGAUGCUUACUCGUAAUCAUGGAAUGUAUGGACGGCGGCGAACUUUUCCAACGUAUACAGGACAACAGAGAGGGAGCAUUCACGGAACGACAGGCCGCUGAGAUAAUGCACUCAAUAUGCGUAGCCGUCCGUCACCUGCACGAGUCCAACAUAGCCCACCGCGACAUCAAACCCGAGAACCUUCUAUACACUUCCGCGGAACCCAACGCCAUCUUGAAACUAACCGACUUUGGGUUCGCCAAGGAAACACUUACACCGGCAGACACGUUGCAGACACCGUGUUAUACACCUUAUUAUGUCGCUCCUGAGGUCCUAGGCCCAGAGAAGUACGACAAAUCCUGCGACAUCUGGUCCCUCGGCGUAGUGAUGUACAUCUUGCUGUGUGGUUUCCCCCCAUUUUAUUCCAACCACGGCCUCGCCAUAUCACCCGGAAUGAAAAAGCGUAUCCGACUAGGCCAGUACGACUUCCCCGAACCGGAGUGGUCCAACGUGUCGUCUGAAGCCAAGAACCUUAUUCGCGGCAUGCUUUGCGUGGACAGUGCCCAGCGUCAUACAAUAUAUCAGGUGAUGUCCAGCCCGUGGAUCCGCCAAUACACCCAAGUACCCCAAACGCCCCUAUACACGAACGCGUUACUCCGUGAAACAGGAGAGGCUUGGGCCGACGUGCAAGAUGAAAUGACUCGGUCGCUCGCCACCAUGCGCGUCGACUACGACCAGGUACAGAUAAAAGCACUGGAGCAGAGCAACAACUCCCUACUGAACAAGAGACGGAACAAGGUCGGCGCCUGAGAGACGGACUACUGAGCUUCCACUAAACUAUAAUAACGGC